GGUUAUUCAGUAGUUAUUGUUUCGUGAUCAUACAAGCAAGACAACGAACUUUUUUGCAGUGAAGGGAAUUUUACGUUCCAAAGUAAAAUCUUUUAUCAAUUGUGCUAUAAUAUCGAGGAAUUUAUGUAGUUGAAUUAGCAUUUUGCACUGUUCGUUUAAGAAACGAAUAAACGAAAAACUCACUCAAUUUUUAUAUUUUUUAAAAUUAUAUCUGUAGUAUUUGUAUGUGUAUGUUUUUAUAUUUGAUUUAUUUAUUUAUUUAUUUAUAAAAAAAAAUAAUGUCCUCGGAUUAUACCUGCCCCAAACGGUUAGACUUCCUCCUCAAGAUGCCGCCCAUCCCACGAGAGGCUUCACUCAAGCACGCAUGGAAUGCAGAAGACAGAUCGCUCAAUAUUUUUGUCAAGGAUGACAAAAUGACGUUCCAUCGACACCCUGUUGCCCAGAGUACAGAUGGCAUAAGAGGAAAAGUUAGUUAUACAAAAGGUCUACAUUUAUGGGAAAUACACUGGUCUACUCGGCAACGGGGUACACACGCUAUUGUAGGGGUUGCCACUAAUGAAGCACCUUUACAUUCUCAGGGAUACCAGUUAAGUGGUUUGGUAGGCAGUAAUGACCAGUCAUGGGGCUGGGACCUAGGCCGUAAUAAGUUGUAUCACAAUACCAGGCAAGGCAACCCGGACAUUACUUAUCCUUCAUUAUUAAACAACAAUGAGACCUUCGUUGUCCCAGAUAAAUUUUAUGUUGUCUUAGAUAUGGACGAAGGAACGUUGGCAUUUGUUGUAGAGGGUCAGUAUUUGGGAGUAGCAUUUCGUAACCUGAAAGGCAAGAAGCUUUUUCCUAUAGUUUCAGCUGUAUGGGGCAAUUGUGAAAUUUCUAUCAGAUACAUAGGUGGACUAGAUCCGGCACCGCUACCUUUGAUGGAUUCAUGUCGCUGGAUAAUACGGCACGCUGUUGGUAAACAAAGGUUGACUCGUUUACGGGAGCUAAAUUUACCUCAGUCUGUUAUUCAGUACCUGCUGUACCACGGGGAGGCCAGCUCUCGUAGCACCAACGUGACAUCCGAACUACGUCAUUGUCACCAGAAAUACACAACUUUCACACCCCACUGGAAGGCAUGAGAAUUGAACUCAUGGCCUAUAUAUUGUAAAUAUUUUCUUACUUAUAUACACAAAAAAUAAAUUUAAUAAUAUUUAGGUUUUGUAACUAUAUUCCUCGUAAUUAAAAGCGCUGAGUGAAAUUUGACUUUUUCUUAUAUAAAAAAAAAUAAAAUUGAGUAUAUAAUAAAAGCAAUCAUUUUGUUAUAAUUCAUUCAAUAUAAUAAUAAUGAAGCGAAAAUUAUCAGUACAUAAUAAUGAUAA